CCAGCCCUCUCUGGCUCAGCCGGCCACACUAAACUUAGCUCCCACCCUUCCACCUGACUCGAGAACCGCUGCCACCAGCCCGGCCCAGCUGCCCCCUGCCCGGGGAGACACUGCCGCCGGACCCCGCCCCAAACACCCACUCCUGUGCGGCCACCAUGUCCCAGAGCAAAGCACCGAAGGUCCGAGCCACGCUCUUCUGCAUCCUGGUGGGCAUCGUGCUGGCCGUGGUGGCCGUCGUGACCGACCACUGGGCCGUGCUGAGCCCCGAGGUGGGGCAGCACAAUGCCACCUGCGAGGCGGCCCACUUCGGCCUCUGGCGGAUUUGCAUCAAGCGGCUGUUCGUGAGCAGCAGCCGGGAAAAGAGCUGCGGACCCAUCAGCCUGCCUGGGGAGAAAAACUGUUCCUACUUCAGGCAUUUUAACCCAGGCGAGAGCUCAGAGAUCUUUGAAGUCACCACUCAGAAAGAGUACAGCAUCUCGGCCGCCGCCAUCGCCAUCUUCAGCCUCGGCUUCCAAAUCAUGGGCACCAUCCUCGUGCUGCUGUCGUUCAGGAAGAAGCGGGAUUACCUGCUGCGGCCUGCGUCCAUGUUCUAUGCCUUUGCAGGUCUCUGCAUCUUUGUCUCGGUGGAGGUCAUGCGGCAGUCGGUGAAGCGCAUGAUCGACAGCGAGCACACGGCGUGGAUCGAGCACUCCUACUCCUGGUCCUUCGCCUGCGCCUGCGCCGCCUUUGUCCUCCUCUUCCUUGGCGGCCUCGCCCUCCUGCUCUUCUCCCUGCCUCGGAUGCCCCAGAACCCCUGGGAGUCCUGCAUGGACGCCGAGCCUGAGCACUAGCCUUCCUGGGGCCCCACGGACCCUCCGUGCACCCCGUCGGGAAGCCGAGCCCAGCCCAGAAGUUCUAGAGAGGACACCCCUUCUCUGAGCUUUUUGCUGGGCUCAGACAGGCUCUUCUGAGAAUGAGCAAGUGGACAUGAUCCAGACCUGCCCGUCGAGCCAGGAAGGCAGGGCUAGCAGGUGCCCAGGGGUUGGGAGAGCCCGGCUUUCCAUUGGGCUCCAACUGUCCCCCGCUUUCGGACUCCCCCUCCCUGCACCAGCUGUCUUUGAUAGGCUGGCUCCCGUUGUCCUCUGUUAGCCGCAGAGGGACGCCCCGUGCUCACUUCCAGUUCUGGGCACUCCCCUGUGUACAUAGCCAGCCCCUCUCCCCUUGUCCGUGACUUUCCUGGUUGAGCUGAAUAGCCUCUCCUUGGCUUUGAGGAGGCCUGAAAAACAUUUUUUAACUGGAUAGAAUCUGACUGUGGUUUGAAAUAAAAGUUAUUUGAAAACUUAC